AAUUCGUCGAAAAAAAAAAAUUAUAUUCAGAAGAAUGAAUCAAUCAAUGAAUAUACGAAUUCAAGCUCCUCCAUCUCUACUACCUCCACGAGCGAAACUCUCCUCCCAGGGUACGUGUCCUUGCAUAAGGGUGCAAAUGGAGGCUUUUGCCAAUUCUAAUCUGUUGAAGACAGCCCUGGUUGCAAGAUGCUCCUUUGGAUUGUCCAGUUCUCCUAUAAAUGCCGAACGAUCGCUUAAUUGUUCAGCACAAUUAGGAGCAUUAGUUACCUCCGGAUCUCAAGAUGUAACGACUAAUGCACUUGUUGGUAAUGAAAAGAUCGGAGUAUUAUUACUGAACCUCGGAGGGCCCGAGACUCUAGAUGAUGUUCAGCCGUUCUUGUUCAAUCUUUUUGCCGAUCCAGAUAUUAUUAGACUGCCGAGAUUGUUCCGUUUUCUUCAAAAGCCUUUGGCUCAAUUCAUAUCUGUUGCUAGAGCCCCAAAGAGCAAAGAAGGAUAUGCUUCAAUUGGUGGCGGUUCUCCUCUACGGCGUAUUACUGAUGAUCAGGCUGAGGACUUGAGAAAGUCACUAUGCAGCAAAAAUGUCCCAGCAAAAGUGUAUGUUGGUAUGCGGUACUGGCAUCCAUUCACUGAAGAAGCUAUUGAACAGAUCAAACGUGACGGAAUUACAAAACUCGUUGUUCUUCCUCUCUACCCUCAAUUCUCGAUCUCAACAAGUGGUUCAAGUCUUCGCCUACUGGAAGCUAUAUUCAGGGAGGACGAAUAUCUAGUCAACAUGCAGCACACUGUAAUUCCUUCAUGGUACCAGCGAGAAGGAUACAUAAAAGCCAUGGCAAAUUUGAUUGAAAAGGAGCUCGAAAAGUUUCGCUCCCCGAAGGAGGUGAUGAUUUUCUUUAGCGCUCAUGGGGUACCACUUGCAUAUGUGGAAGAAGCUGGUGAUCCAUACAAAGCCGAGAUGGAGGAGUGUGUGGAUUUGAUCAUGGAAGAUUUGGAAAAGAGAAAGAUAAAUAAUUCAUACACCCUUGCCUAUCAGAGUAGAGUUGGACCAGUCGAAUGGUUGAGACCAUACACGGAUGAGACAAUCAUUGAGCUCGGAAGAAAAGGAGUGAAAAGUCUUCUAGCUGUUCCAAUUAGUUUUGUUAGCGAACAUAUCGAGACAUUGGAGGAAAUAGAUGUCGAGUACAAGGAAUUGGCUCUAGAAUCUGGGAUAAAGAAUUGGGGACGUGUUCCCGCCCUUGGCUGUGAGCCUACUUUCAUUUCAGAUUUGGCUGAUGCAGUGAUUGACAGCCUUCCAUAUGUUGGUGCUAUGGCUGUCUCAAAUCUUGAAGCUCGACAGUCAUUAGUGCCACUUGGCAGCGUAGAAGAGCUAUUGGCAGCAUACGAUUCACAGCGAAGGGAGCUUCCGCCGCCAGUGGUCGUUUGGGAAUGGGGCUGGACAAAAAGUGCCGAAACAUGGAACGGAAGAGUUGCCAUGCUGGCGGUCUUUUUUGUGCUGCUACUUGAGUUAGCCACUGGGAAAGGUUUUCUUCAUCAGUGGGGUAUACUGCCCUUGGCUUGAUCACAGUUUAUUAAUAUCCCUCACUUUUUCUUUGUACACAUGCAUUAUGAGACAUAUAAAUAUAUCGUCUCUAUAAAAAAAAAGUAGCUAAAAAUUUUUGAAGGAAAAAUUAAAGAAACGAAACGUAGAUCUGUACAAGUCGGACAUAGAAAAACAUCAUCGGACCUCUGUCUUGAUACAGGUUUAAAUGCAUAAUACCUGGUUCUUAAUGAGCUUAUAGGAGUUGACGAAGACCGUGAAAUGACAAGGGUUCCGAAGAAUUUAAGUUGGAUAUAUAAAUGUAAAAGAUCCUUUCGCUUCAACUUUUCCUUUGUAGUAUAAUUUUCUCCUUUUGUUA